AUGAUACGCAAUAUUCCCAACAAGUACACUCAGAAGAUGCUGCUCAAGCUGUUUGAUUCGGUACCCAACAUAUGCGGUCAAUAUGACUUCUUUUACCUCCCUAUGGAUUUUCGAAACAAGUGCAAUGUUGGUUAUGCCUUUAUCGACUUCGCGAACCCGCGAAUGA